GUCUGGCGGUCGCGGUGGGGCGGUGAGCGCCAGCGCGGGCAGCGGACGAGCGGAUCUGGCGGCGCUGCGUAUUUUGGAGCUGGCCGCAGCACGUCGAGGACCGGCGGGAGCGUCACGUUCGCGGCCGGGGAGGGCACCGCGACGAGCAGCGGCGCUGUUGUCGUCGGCUCUGCGAAUGGCGGAACGUCGGGCGCGAGCGGGUCGCUCGCGUUUAGUUCUGGGUCUGCGGUAUCUGGGAACAGUGGGAGUCUGACCGUGGGCACGGGCGCGGCCACUGGGGGACGUGCUGGUGCCAUUGUGAUGUCGGUCGGAAGCGGGACGAGCGGAUCUGGGGGUGCGGCCUCGAUGGCAUCCGGUCGCAGCACCGUCGCGAGUGGCGGCGCCGUCCGUAUCAAGAGCGGCGAAGGCACCGCAACAAGCAGCGGCGCUUGUGCGAUCCGAUCGAGCAAUGGCGGGUCGGCGGGGGCUAGCGGGCGUCUCGUGUUUAGCUCGGGAAGCGCGGCCGGCGGAAACAGCGGCGCGGUGCUGCUCGGCAGCGGCGCAGCGACCGGCGGUCGCGGCGGCGCGGUCGUCGUGAGCGCGGGGAGCGGGACGAGCGGAUCCGGCGGCAGGCUGAGCGCAGCCGCGGGUCGGAGCACCGCGGCGACCGGCGGGACGCUCGUCGCGACCAGCGGCGAGGGCACGCAGACGAGCAGCGGCGCGGUGCGCGUUGGAAGCGCAAACGGAGGGGCAUCGGGCUCGAGCGGGCUGCUGGCGUUUAGCUCCGGGACGGCGAACGCGGGGAAUAGCGGGUCCAUCUUGAUUGGCUCGGGCGCGGCGACCGGCGGUCGCGGCGGACGGGUACAUAUUUCUGUUGGUAGUGGCUCAAGCGGCACAGGGGGGGAUUGCUGCUUUCACUCGGGUGCAAGCUCUGCCUUGACUGGCGGUCAGCUUGUUGUAGCAGGUGGCGAAGGAACUGCUUCUAGUAGCGGUGCUCUGUUGUUGAGAAGUUCAAACAGCGGCGAAGCAGGAAGCAGCGGAAGAAUUACGUUCAGUUCUGGUACUGCCAUGGGCGGUAACAGUGGAAGUAUUUCCAUUGGUUCCGGUGUUGCUUCUCGUGGACAAGGUGGCAUUGUAAAGUUAACUGUUGGAAGUGGCACAAGCGCGUCAGGGGGAAAUAUGCAGAUUCAGUCAGGCAGAUCAUUAUGCAAGUGCGGCGGCGCCGUGGUGGUCGGCAGCGGCGAGGGCACGCAGACGAGCAGCGGGUCCGUCAGCGUGGCGUCGGCAAACGGCGGCGGCGCUGGGACGAGCGGUCGGCUCGUGUUUAGCUCCGGGUCGAGCAGGGGCGGCAACUCCGGCGCCAUCUGCGUCGGGAGCGGCGCGAGCACCGCGGGCCGCGGCGGCGGCGUUGUGCUGAGCGUCGGCAGCGGGACGAGCGGCGCCGGCGGCGCGAUGAGUCUCGCCGGCGGGCGAAGCACGGCAAAGACGGGCGGCGCCGUGGUGGUCGGCGGCGGCGAAGGUACGCAAACGAGCAGCGGCGGCGUGGUUAUCCAGACAAGCAACUCUGGCGUCUCUGGGUCGAGCGGCUCGUUGACAUUUAGCUCCGGGUCUGCCUCGGGAGGCAACAGCGGCGCGGUGCUGCUCGGCAGCGGCGCGGCGACCGGCGGUCGCGGCGGCGCGGUCGUCGUGAGCGCGGGGAGCGGGACGAGCGGCACUGGCGGCUCGGUGCGCCUCCAGUCUGGUCGUAGCACGUCGGCGUCCGGAGGGACCGCGGCUAUAGCCGGAGGGGAGGGCACGGCGUCGAGCAGCGGCGGAAUCUCGCUGCGGUCCGCGAACGGCGGCGUCGUCGGCUCGAGCGGACGGCUCGCGUUCAGCCCGGCUCGUCGGGCGGAUGGAAACAGCGGCGCGCUGGACCUCGGAUCUGGAGCCUCGACCGGCGGAAGCGGGGCGCGGUGCGCGUGCGCGUCGGAAGCGGCACGAGCGGAUCCGGUGGCCUGGUGUCGCUGGCCUCUGGGCGCAGCGCCGGCGCGAGUGGGGUGCCUGUCGGCGGAAAGUGGCGAGGGCACGCAGAAGAGCGGCGGGGCGAUAUUGAUUCGUACGGCGAACGGCGGCGCGGCGGGCGCGAGCGGUCAGCUGGCGUUCAGCUCCGCUCGUCUAAGGGGGAACAGCGGGCUGCUUCUCGUUGGAUCUGGCGCCGCGACGGCGGGCCGAUCUGGUGGCGUUGGGAUCAGCGCGGGAAGCGGAACGAGCGGCGCCGGUGGCGCAUUGAGUCUCCAGUCUGGGCGCAGUACUGUCGCGACUGGCGGAGGACUCGGCGUCGCAUCCGGAGAGGGCACGCAGACGAGCAGCGGAAUCGUCGCCGUCCGCGCCGCGAACGGCGGCGCGUCGGGAGCGAGCGGCCGCCUGGCGUUCAGCUCCGGAAGCUCGUCGGCGGGCAACAGCGGGACCGUCACGAUAGGGUCCGGGCCGGGCGACGAAGGGGGCGGGCGGCGACGUGAGCGUCGCGGUCGGCAGCGGGACGAGCAGCGCCGGUGGGGCGUUGUCGUUUGCGUCCGGCAGAAGCGCGGCGGCGACGGAGGUCACGCGGCGGUCUGCGCUGGCGAAGGGACGGAGAAAGAGCUCGGGCGCGGUGGUCGCCGCGAGUGCCAACGGCGGUGCGUCCGCGCGAGCGGGCUGCUGGCGUUCAGCUCGGCUCGGCCAAGAGUGGGAACGGCGGCGGUAUCUCGAUCGGCUCCGGAGCGGCGUCUGGCGGUCGCGGUGGGGCGGUGAGCGUCAGCGCGGGCAGCGGGACGAGCGGAUCUGGCGGCGCUGCGUAUUUUGGAGCUGGCCGCAGCACGUCGAGGACCGGCGGGAGCGUCACGUUCGCGGCCGGGGAGGGCACAGCGACGAGCAGCGGCGCUGUUGUCGCGGCUCUGCGAAUGGCGGACGUCGGGCGCGAGCGGGUCGCUCGCGUUUAGUUCUGGGUCUGCGGUAUCUGGGAACAGUGGGAGUCUGACCGUGGGCACGGGCGCGGCCACUGGGGGACGUGCUGGUGCCAUUGUGAUGUCGGUCGGAAGCGGGACGAGCGGAUCUGGGGGUGCGGCCUCGAUGGCAUCCGGUCGCAGCACCGUCGCGAGUGGCGGCGCCGUCCGUAUCAAGAGCGGCGAAGGCACCGCAACAAGCAGCGGCGCUUGUGCGAUCCGAUCGAGCAAUGGCGGGUCGGCGGGGGCUAGCGGGCGUCUCGUGUUUAGCUCGGGAAGCGCGGCCGGCGGAAACAGCGGCGCGGUGCUGCUCGGCAGCGGCGCGGCGACCGGCGGUCGCGGCGGCGCGGUCGUCGCGAGCGCGGGGAGCGGGACGAGCGGAUCCGGAGGUAUGGUGCUGGUGCAGGGCGGCGCCACGACGGCAGCGAGCGGCGGCGCCGUGGUGGUCGGCAGCGGCGAGGGCACGCAGACGAGCAGCGGGUCCGUCAGCGUGGCGUCGGCAAACGGCGGCGGCGCUGGGACGAGCGGUCGGCUCGUGUUUAGCUCCGGGUCGAGCAGGGGCGGCAACUCCGGCGCCAUCUGCGUCGGGAGCGGCGCGAGCACCGCGGGCCGCGGCGGCGGCGUUGUGCUGAGCGUCGGCAGCGGGACGAGCGGCGCCGGCGGCGCGAUGAGUCUCGCCGGCGGGCGAAGCACGGCAAAGACGGGCGGCGCCGUGGUGGUCGGCGGCGGCGAAGGUACGCAAACGAGCAGCGGCGGCGUGGUUAUCCAGACAAGCAACUCUGGCGUCUCUGGGUCGAGCGGCUCGUUGGCAUUUAGCUCCGGGUCUGCCUCGGGAGGCAACAGCGGCGCGGUGCUGCUCGGCAGCGGCGCGGCGACCGGCGGUCGCGGCGGCGCGGUCGUCGUGAGCGCGGGGAGCGGGACGAGCGGCACUGGCGGCUCGGUGCGCCUCCAGUCUGGUCGUAGCACGUCGGCGUCCGGAGGGACCGCGGCUAUAGCCGGAGGGGAGGGCACGGCGUCGAGCAGCGGCGGAAUCUCGCUGCGGUCCGCGAACGGCGGCGUCGUCGGCUCGAGCGGACGGCUCGCGUUCAGCUCCGGCUCGUCGGCGGAUGGAAACAGCGGCGCGCUGGACCUCGGAUCUGGAGCCUCGACCGGCGGAAGCGGGGGCGCGGUGCGCGUGCGCGUCGGAAGCGGCACGAGCGGAUCCAGUGGCCUGGUGUCGCUGGCCUCUGGGCGCAGCGCCGGCGCGAGUGGGGGGUGCCUGUCGGCGGAAAGUGGCGAGGGCACGCAGAAGAGCGGCGGGGCGAUAUUGAUUCGUACGGCGAACGGCGGCGCGGCGGGCGCGAGCGGUCAGCUGGCGUUCAGCUCCGGCUCGUCUAAGGGGGGGAACAGCGGGCUGCUUCUAGUUGGAUCUGGCGCCGCGGGCGGGCCGAUCUGGUGGCGUUGGGAUCAGCGCGGGAAGCGGAACGAGCGGCGCCGGUGGCGCAUUGAGUCUCCAGUCUGGGCGCAGUACUGUCGCGACUGGCGGAGGACUCGGCGUCGCAUCCGGAGAGGGCACGCAGACGAGCAGCGGAAUCGUCGCCGUCCGCGCCGCGAACGGCGGCGCGUCGGGAGCGAGCGGCCGCCUGGCGUUCAGCUCCGGAAGCUCGUCGGCGGGCAACAGCGGGACCGUCACGAUAGGGUCCGGGCCGGCGACGAGCGGGCGGGGCGGCGACGUGAGCGUCGCGGUCGGCAGCGGGACGAGCAGCGCCGGUGGGGCGUUGUCGUUUGCGUCCGGCAGAAGCGCGGCGGCGACGGGAGGUCACGUUGCGGUCUGCGCUGGCGAAGGGACGGAGAAGAGCUCGGGCGCGGUGGUCGUCGCGAGUGCCAACGGCGGUGCGUCCGGCGCGAGCGGGCUGCUGGCGUUCAGCUCGGGCUCGGCCAAGAGUGGGAACGGCGGCGGUAUCUCGAUCGGCUCCGGAGCGGCGUCUGGCGGUCGCGGUGGGGCGGUGAGCGUCAGCGCGGGCAGCGGGACGAGCGGAUCUGGCGGCGCUGCGUAUUUUGGAGCUGGCCGCAGCACGUCGAGGACCGGCGGGAGCGUCACGUUCGCGGCCGGGGAGGGCACCGCGACGAGCAGCGGCGCUGUUGUCGUCGGCUCUGCGAAUGGCGGAACGUCGGGCGCGAGCGGGUCGCUCGCGUUUAGUUCUGGGUCUGCGGUAUCUGGGAACAGUGGGAGUCUGACCGUGGGCACGGGCGCGGCCACUGGGGGACGUGCUGGUGCCAUUGUGAUGUCGGUCGGAAGCGGGACGAGCGGAUCUGGGGGUGCGGCCUCGAUGGCAUCCGGUCGCAGCACCGUCGCGAGUGGCGGCGCCGUCCGUAUCAAGAGCGGCGAAGGCACCGCAACAAGCAGCGGCGCUUGUGCGAUCCGAUCGAGCAAUGGCGGGUCGGCGGGGGCUAGCGGGCGUCUCGUGUUUAGCUCGGGAAGCGCGGCCGGCGGAAACAGCGGCGCGGUGCUGCUCGGCAGCGGCGCAGCGACCGGCGGUCGCGGCGGCGCGGUCGUCGUGAGCGCGGGGAGCGGGACGAGCGGAUCCGGCGGCAGGCUGAGCGCAGCCGCGGGUCGGAGCACCGCGGCGACCGGCGGGACGCUUCGCGACCAGCGGCGAGGGCACGCAGACGAGCAGCGGCGCGCGCGCGUUGGAAGCGCAAACGGAGGGGCAUCGGGCUCGAGCGGGCUGCUGGCGUUUAGCUCCGGGACGGCGAACGCGGGGAAUAGCGGGUCCAUCUUGAUUGGCUGGGCGCGGCGACCGGCGGUCGCGGGGCGCGGUCGUCGCGAGCGCUGGGAGCGGGACGAGCGGAUCCGGAGGUAUGGUGCUGGUGCAGGGCGGCGCCACGACGGCAGCGAGCGGCGGCGCCGUGGUGGUCGGCAGCGGCGAGGGCACGCAGACGAGCAGCGGGUCCGUCAGCGUGGCGUCGGCAAACGGCGGCGGCGGCGCUGGGACGAGCGGUCGGCUCGUGUUUAGCUCCGGGUCGAGCAGGGGCGGCAACUCCGGCGCCAUCUGCGUCGGGAGCGGCGCGAGCACCGCGGGCCGCGGCGGCGGCGUUGUGCUGAGCGUCGGCAGCGGGACGAGCGGCGCCGGCGGCGCGAUGAGUCUCGCCGGCGGGCGAAGCACGGCAAAGACGGGCGGUGCCGUGGUGGUCGGCGGCGGCGAAGGUACGCAAACGAGCAGCGGCGGCGUGGUUAUCCAGACAAGCAACUCUGGCGUCUCUGGGUCGAGCGGCUCGUUGGCAUUUAGCUCGGUCUGCCUCGGGAGGCAACAGCGGCGCGGUGCUGCUCGGCAGCGGCGCGGCGACCGGCGGUCGCGGCGGCGCGGUCGUCGUGAGCGCGGGGAGCGGGACGAGCGGCACUGGCGGCUCGGUGCGCCUCCAGUCUGGUCGUAGCACGUCGGCGUCCGGAGGGACCGCGGCUAUAGCCGGAGGGGAGGGCACGGCGUCGAGCAGCGGCGGAAUCUCGCUGCGGUCCGCGAACGGCGGCGUCGUCGGCUCGAGCGGACGGCUCGCGUUCAGCUCCGGCUCGUCGGCGGAUGGAAACAGCGGCGCGCUGGACCUCGGAUCUGGAGCCUCGACCGGCGGAAGCGGGGGCGCGGUGCGCGUGCGCGUCGGAAGCGGCACGAGCGGAUCCGGUGGCCUGGUGUCGCUGGCCUCUGGGCGCAGCGCCGGCGCGAGUGGGGGGUGCCUGUCGGCGGAAAGUGGCGAGGGCACGCAGAAGAGCGGCGGGGCGAUAUUGAUUCGUACGGCGAACGGCGGCGCGGCGGGCGCGAGCGGUCAGCUGGCGUUCAGCUCCGGCUCGUCUAAGGGGGGGAACAGCGGGCUGCUUCUAGUUGGAUCUGGCGCCGCGACGGCGGGCCGAUCUGGUGGCGUUGGGAUCAGCGCGGGAAGCGGAACGAGCGGCGCCGGUGGCGCAUUGAGUCUCCAGUCUGGGCGCAGUACUGUCGCGACUGGCGGAGGACUCGGCGUCGCAUCCGGAGAGGGCACGCAGACGAGCAGCGGAAUCGUCGCCGUCCGCGCCGCGAACGGCGGCGCGUCGGGAGCGAGCGGCCGCCUGGCGUUCAGCUCCGGAAGCUCGUCGGCGGGCAACAGCGGGACCGUCACGAUAGGGUCCGGGCCGGCGACGAGCGGGCGGGGCGGCGACGUGAGCGUCGCGGUCGGCAGCGGGACGAGCAGCGCCGGUGGGGCGUUGUCGUUUGCGUCCGGCAGAAGCGCGGCGGCGACGGGAGGUCACGUUGCGGUCUGCGCUGGCGAAGGGACGGAGAAGAGCUCGGGCGCGGUGGUCGUCGCGAGUGCCAACGGCGGUGCGUCCGGCGCGAGCGGGCUGCUGGCGUUCAGCUCGGGCUCGGCCAAGAGUGGGAACGGCGGCGGUAUCUCGAUCGGCCCGAGCGGCGUCUGGCGGUCGCGGUGGGGCGGUGAGCGUCAGCGCGGGCAGCGGACGAGCGGAUCUGGCGGCGCUGCGUAUUUUGGAGCUGGCCGCAGCACGUCGAGGACCGGCAGGCGCGUCACGUUCGCGGCGGGGAGGGCACAGAGACGAGCAGCGGCGCUGUUGUCGUCGGCUCUGCGAAUGGCGGAACGUCGGGCGCGAGCGGGUCGCCGCGUUAGUUCUGGGUCUGCGGUAUCUGGGAACAGUGGGAGUCUGACCGUGGGCACGGGCGCGCCACUGGGGACGUGCUGGUGCCAUUGUGAUGUCGGUCGGAAGCGGGACGAGCGGAUCUGGGGGUGCGGCCUCGAUGGCAUCCGGUCGCAGCACCGUCGCGAGUGGCGGCGCCGUCCGUAUCAAGAGCGGCGAAGGCACCGCAACAAGCAGCGGCGCUUGUGCGAUCCGAUCGAGCAAUGGCGGGUCGGCGGGGGCUAGCGGGCGUCUCGUGUUUAGCUCGGGAAGCGCGGCCGGCGGAAACAGCGGCGCGGUGCUGCUCGGCAGCGGCGCGGCGACCGGCGGUCGCGGCGGCGCGGUCGUCGCGAGCGCGGGGAGCGGGACGAGCGGAUCCGGAGGUAUGGUGCUGGUGCAGGGCGGCGCCACGACGGCAGCGAGCGGCGGCGCCGUGGUGGUCGGCAGCGGCGAGGGCACGCAGACGAGCAGCGGGUCCGUCAGCGUGGCGUCGGCAAACGGCGGCGGCGCUGGGACGAGCGGUCGGCUCGUGUUUAGCUCCGGGUCGAGCAGGGGCGGCAACUCCGGCGCCAUCUGCGUCGGGAGCGGCGCGAGCACCGCGGGCCGCGGCGGCGGCGUUGUGCUGAGCGUCGGCAGCGGGACGAGCGGCGCCGGCGGCGCGAUGAGUCUCGCCGGCGGGCGAAGCACGGCAAAGACGGGCGGCGCCGUGGUGGUCGGCGGCGGCGAAGGUACGCAAACGAGCAGCGGCGGCGUGGUUAUCCAGACAAGCAACUCUGGCGUCUCUGGGUCGAGCGGCUCGUUGGCAUUUAGCUCCGGGUCUGCCUCGGGAGGCAACAGCGGCGCGGUGCUGCUCGGCAGCGGCGCGGCGACCGGCGGUCGCGGCGGCGCGGUCGUCGUGAGCGCGGGGAGCGGGACGAGCGGCACUGGCGGCUCGGUGCGCCUCCAGUCUGGUCGUAGCACGUCGGCGUCCGGAGGGACCGCGGCUAUAGCCGGAGGGGAGGGCACGGCGUCGAGCAGCGGCGGAAUCUCGCUGCGGUCCGCGAACGGCGGCGUCGUCGGCUCGAGCGGACGGCUCGCGUUCAGCUCCGGCUCGUCGGCGGAUGGAAACAGCGGCGCGCUGGACCUCGGAUCUGGAGCCUCGACCGGCGGAAGCGGGGCGCGGUGCGCGUGCGCGUCGGAAGCGGCACGAGCGGAUCCGGUGGCCUGGUGUCGCUGGCCUCUGGGCGCAGCGCCGGGCGCGAGUGGGGUGCCUGUCGGCGGAAAGUGGCGAGGGCACGCAGAAGAGCGGCGGGGCGAUAUUGAUUCGUACGGCGAACGGCGGCGCGGCGGGCGCGAGCGGUCAGCUGGCGUUCAGCUCCGGCUCGUCUAAGGGGGGGAACAGCGGGCUGCUUCUAGUUGGAUCUGGCGCCGCGACGGCGGGCCGAUCUGGUGGCGUUGGGAUCAGCGGGGAAGCGGAACGAGCGGCGCCGGUGGCGCAUUGAGUCUCCAGUCUGGGCGCAGUACUGUCGCGACUGGCGGAGGACCCGGCGUCGCAUCCGGAGAGGCACGCAGACGAGCAGCGGAAUCGUCGCCGUCCGCGCCGCGAACGGCGGCGCGUCGGGAGCGAGCGGCCGCCUGGCGUUCAGCUCCGGAAGCUCGUCGGCGGGCAACAGCGGGACCGUCACGAUAGGGUCCGGGCCGGCGACGAGCGGGCGGGCGGCGACGUGAGCGUCGCGGUCGGCAGCGGGACGAGCAGCGCCGGUGGGGCGUUGUCGUUUGCGUCCGGCAGAAGCGCGGCGGCGACGGAGGUCACGUUGCGGUCUGCGCUGGCGAAGGGACGGAGAAGAGCUCGGGCGCGGUGGUCGUCCGCGAGUGCCAACGGCGCGUGCGUCCGGCGCGAGCGGGCUGCUGGCGUUCAGCUCGGGCUCGGCCAAGAGUGGGAACGGCGGCGGUAUCUCGAUCGGCUCCGGAGCGGCGUCUGGCGGUCGCGGUGGGGCGGUGAGCGUCAGCGCGGGCAGCGGGACGAGCGGAUCUGGCGGCGCUGCGUAUUUUGGAGCUGGCCGCAGCACGUCGAGGACCGGCGGGAGCGUCACGUUCGCGGCCGGGGAGGGCACCGCGACGAGCAGCGGCGCUGUUGUCGUCGGCUCUGCGAAUGGCGGAACGUCGGGCGCGAGCGGUCGCUCGCGUUAGUUCUGGGUCUGCGGUAUCUGGGAACAGUGGGAGUCUGACCGUGGGCACGGGCGCGGCCACUGGGGGACGUGCUGGUGCCAUUGUGAUGUCGGUCGGAAGCGGGACGAGCGGAUCUGGGGGUGCGGCCUCGAUGGCAUCCGGUCGCAGCACCGUCGCGAGUGGCGGCGCCGUCCGUAUCAAGAGCGGCGAAGGCACCGCAACAAGCAGCGGCGCUUGUGCGAUCCGAUCGAGCAAUGGCGGGUCGGCGGGGGCUAGCGGGCGUCUCGUGUUUAGCUCGGGAAGCGCGGCCGGCGGAAACAGCGGCGCGGUGCUGCUCGGCAGCGGCGCAGCGACCGGCGGUCGCGGCGGCGCGGUCGUCGUGAGCGCGGGGAGCGGGACGAGCGGAUCCGGCGGCAGGCUGAGCGCAGCCGCGGGUCGGAGCACCGCGGCGACCGGCGGGACGCUCGUCGCGACCAGCGGCGAGGGCACGCAGACGAGCAGCGGCGCGGUGCGCGUUGGAAGCGCAAACGGAGGGGCAUCGGGCUCGAGCGGGCUGCUGGCGUUUAGCUCCGGGACGGCGAACGCGGGGAAUAGCGGGUCCAUCUUGAUUGGCUCGGGCGCGGCGACCGGCGGUCGCGGCGGCGCGGUCGUCGCGAGCGCGGGGAGCGGGACGAGCGGAUCCGGAGGUAUGGUGCUGGUGCAGGGCGGCGCCACGACGGCAGCGAGCGGCGGCGCCGUGGUGGUCGGCAGCGGCGAGGGCACGCAGACGAGCAGCGGGUCCGUCAGCGUGGCGUCGGCAAACGGCGGCGGCGCUGGGACGAGCGGUCGGCUCGUGUUUAGCUCCGGGUCGAGCAGGGGCGGCAACUCCGGCGCCAUCUGCGUCGGGAGCGGCGCGAGCACCGCGGGCCGCGGCGGCGGCGUUGUGCUGAGCGUCGGCAGCGGGACGAGCGGCGCCGGCGGCGCGAUGAGUCUCGCCGGCGGGCGAAGCACGGCAAAGACGGGCGGCGCCGUGGUGGUCGGCGGCGGCGAAGGUACGCAAACGAGCAGCGGCGGCGUGGUUAUCCAGACAAGCAACUCUGGCGUCUCUGGGUCGAGCGGCUCGUUGGCAUUUAGCUCCGGGUCUGCCUCGGGAGGCAACAGCGGCGCGGUGCUGCUCGGCAGCGGCGCGGCGACCGGCGGUCGCGGCGGCGCGGUCGUCGUGAGCGCGGGGAGCGGGACGAGCGGCACUGGCGGCUCGGUGCGCCUCCAGUCUGGUCGUAGCACGUCGGCGUCCGGAGGGACCGCGGCUAUAGCCGGAGGGGAGGGCACGGCGUCGAGCAGCGGCGGAAUCUCGCUGCGGUCCGCGAACGGCGGCGUCGUCGGCUCGAGCGGACGGCUCGCGUUCAGCUCCGGCUCGUCGGCGGAUGGAAACAGCGGCGCGCUGGACCUCGGAUCUGGAGCCUCGACCGGCGGAAGCGGGGGCGCGGUGCGCGUGCGCGUCGGAAGCGGCACGAGCGGAUCCGGUGGCCUGGUGUCGCUGGCCUCUGGGCGCAGCGCCGGCGCGAGUGGGGGGUGCCUGUCGGCGGAAAGUGGCGAGGGCACGCAGAAGAGCGGCGGGGCGAUAUUGAUUCGUACGGCGAACGGCGGCGCGGCGGGCGCGAGCGGUCAGCUGGCGUUCAGCUCCGGCUCGUCUAAGGGGGGGAACAGCGGGCUGCUUCUAGUUGGAUCUGGCGCCGCGACGGCGGGCCGAUCUGGUGGCGUUGGGAUCAGCGCGGGAAGCGGAACGAGCGGCGCCGGUGGCGCAUUGAGUCUCCAGUCUGGGCGCAGUACUGUCGCGACUGGCGGAGGACUCGGCGUCGCAUCCGGAGAGGGCACGCAGACGAGCAGCGGAAUCGUCGCCGUCCGCGCCGCGAACGGCGGUGCGUCGGGAGCGAGCGGCCGCCUGGCGUUCAGCUCCGGAAGCUCGUCGGCGGGCAACAGCGGGACCGUCACGAUAGGGUCCGGGCCGGCGACGAGCGGGCGGGGCGGCGACGUGAGCGUCGCGGUCGGCAGCGGGACGAGCAGCGCCGGUGGGGCGUUGUCGUUUGCGUCCGGCAGAAGCGCGGCGGCGACGGGAGGUCACGUUGCGGUCUGCGCUGGCGAAGGGACGGAGAAGAGCUCGGGCGCGGUGGUCGUCGCGAGUGCCAACGGCGGUGCGUCCGGCGCGAGCGGGCUGCUGGCGUUCAGCUCGGGCUCGGCCAAGAGUGGGAACGGCGGCGGUAUCUCGAUCGGCUCCGGAGCGGCGUCUGGCGGUCGCGGUGGGGCGGUGAGCGUCAGCGCGGGCAGCGGGACGAGCGGAUCUGGCGGCGCUGCGUAUUUUGGAGCUGGCCGCAGCACGUCGAGGACCGGCGGGAGCGUCACGUUCGCGGCCGGGGAGGGCACCGCGACGAGCAGCGGCGCUGUUGUCGUCGGCUCUGCGAAUGGCGGAACGUCGGGCGCGAGCGGGUCGCUCGCGUUUAGUUCUGGGUCUGCGGUAUCUGGGAACAGUGGGAGUCUGACC